AUGGCACAACAAGGAAACAUGCAGUAUCGACCGACGCCUGGAGAGAUGAUGGCGCACUUAGAGAGGAGCAUGACAGAGAUUGACCAAAUGAUGGAGCAGUUAAGAUUGUCCAUAAGACAAGCACCCGGUGCAGAAUCAAGUGGACAGAAUAUUCCCCCAACUGUGAGUGGACAAGCGGACAGAGGAUUCAGCUCAACGCCCAGAGAGCAGAUGAGACAAUCAUCUACUGCAAGACCCGGUGUUCAAUUUACACCCCCACAGUUUUCCCCACAUAUUCAGGAUGCGGGGAUGGCAAAUUUUGAUGCUAUGAUUGGCAGACGACCACAUCUGGUACCGGACAGAUUUGAUGGACGUACACCUGUCGAAGAUUAUUUGCAUCAUUUUGAGGCCUGUGCUGGAGUAAACGGAUGGACAAAAAGGGAAGCAGUUCAGUUUCUUGCUGCAAGUCUGAGGGGCCCUGCUGUGAAGUUGUUGACCCAACAACCUGGAGUGGUGUUGACAUACGACGAGUUGGUAUACAGGCUUAGAAACAGGUUUGGCCUAGGAGGCAAAGCUGAGGUAUACCUGGCGGAGUUGAGGCAACGUCGUCGCCAACCAAAGGAAAGCCUCCAGGAGUUAGGACAAAGAAUACGGGAACUGUGUGGAUUGGCAUAUCCCGAAUUCGACGAAAAGGGGCAAGAUCGGCUUGCCCGAGGGCAUUUCCUAGAUGCCAUAGUAACACCAGAAAUAAGAGAGGGAUUGUUCCGUGCUCAACCUCGCACAUUGGAUGAUGCUGUAGAAGCUGCUUUAAACACAGAGGCCUUUCUGAGAAUGGAGGGUCAAAGGAAUGAAGUGAAGCGGGCUACAAGGUACAGCCGAGCUCUGGAAGAGCAGGAGUGUGAGGUUGCAGCAGUGGAGGAAAAGCAACCAAGAAAUCCAACUAUCGACAAGAUAGUAAAGGCUGUCAUAGACGCCUUGGAUGAAAGAGACAAGAAAAAGGAAACAAAAAUCAGGACCAAAUAUCAGGAAUUAAGAAAAGAUGGCUUUGAGCCACAAAGAAAAAGAGAGGAACCAAAUAAAUCAAGGAUUGAUGAACAAGAGGAACAAAGAUGUUUCAACUGCAAUGGAUUGGGGCAUUGGAGGAACAACUGCCCAUAUCCAAAGAAAAUAAAAGGAAGAACCGCAGCUUUUCAAAUACCCGAAAGGGAAAUGAUGAGCGAAAUAAAAGAGAAAGAGGAACAAAUCAGAGUCGGAACGACUCUAGAUAGACAAGACAAGAAAGGAACAAGAGAACAAGAAACAGAUAAACAAAUCAGAGUCGGAACGACUCUAGAUGGACAAGACAAGAAAGGUAUAAGAGAACAAGAAACAGAUGAACAAAUUAGAGUCGAAGCGACUCUAGAUGGACAAGAGAAAAGAGGAACAAAGGAACAAGAAAAAGAGGAGCAAACAAGAGUCGGAGCGACUCUAGAUACCAAGAGAAAAGGGCUUUACCUUCAAGGCAAAGUAAAUGGACAAGAUUUGAAAUUACUGGUCGACACUGGAGCUACCAACACUCUCAUUGGAGAGAAAGUGUUUGACCAGAUAGAGGAAAUCAGAAGACCAGAAUUACUACCAGUGACAAGUGUUGUACUACAAGCAGAUGGAUCUCAAUUGAGAAUCAGAGGAAAGUCAAUGUUGGAAGUGCAGAUUGGAGAUAUAGUCGUCACUACAAUGGCUACAGUGGCUAGUCUAAAGAAUGAGGGCAUUCUAGGGCUAGAUUUCCUAGUCAAAAUCAAUGCUGUGUUAGACUGCCAAAAGAUGGAAUUGAGGACCAACUAUGGCAUAGUUCCAUGCCUAGAUAGUAACGGAGAAUCAUUCUGCAGGAGGAUAGUAGCGGGAGAAGAUUAUUCAAUUCCUCCAGGACACGAGAUGGUAUUAGCAGGUAGAGUUACCGGCAGAAAAGUGUCACUAGGUGAUGGAUUAGUAGAACCACCUGCAAAUCCAACAGAAUUAAUCAAGAAAGGACUCAUCGUCGCCAGAUCUGUUGUGAAGGCAGACGAAGAUGUACUACCUGCUCGGGUUUUCAACCCAACCAAGGAACAAAGGAUCAUAAAGGCAGGCACUGCCAUUGCUUCAUUGUCAGGGCUGGAAGAAGUAAGCAUGGAAAUGAUUGAGCCAGUGACCUGCCCAUGGGCAUCCAACAUCGUACUGGUCAAAAAGAAAGAUGGCAGCCAAAGAUUGUGUUUUGACUACCGUCAACUCAAUGCAGAGACGAUUAAAGAUGCCUCUCCGCUGCCUAGAAUUGACAACAUUCAGGAACAGGUACAGCUGGUUGAAACCAUCACUGGCCGGCACUCAGAGGAGAUAGCUGACUGGCAAAAAGAAGACAAGGACAUACGUCCUAUCUAUACGGCCAAGAAACUUGGCAACAAGCCAGAUCAAGAUGAAAUAUGCACGUGUUCCAUGGCUUCUAGACAUCUACUGGAACAUUGGGAUGCUUUAGAACUGACGGAAGAUUCUACAUGCCGUCUUGUUCGAAUAGACCCUGUUCCGCCGGACCGGGAAGAUAGGGAACUGCGACUGAGUCGAUCUCUUAAUAGGUCACUAUGUCGCACUUACUCUCGCUCACCACGUCAGUCGGAACGUGGAAGUUUUGCUCGACGCACCUGUUCCCGAUCACCAAGACGGAGGUCCAGGACACCACAAAAGGACGUACCUAAAUCAUCCGUUCCAGAUUGUCCAAAGUCUCCUCAACCUGACCAACCAGAAGUAUCUCCAGUGCAUGGUCGGAAUUCUACCCCUGAACCAGAGGACCUGGAAUAUGAUGAAAGAUACGCUUCUAGGAAAGUGGUGUCGGAGAUGCCGUCUACCAGUGACUCGAUAGAAUGCACCGGUAGGAAUGCUGAGACGCAGACUGACAACCCCCGCCAGAGAAUCCAGGCAAUGAGAGCCAGCGGAUCAGAAGAGAAGGUGACCUUGAACAAGUCAACCGACAGAUUCCAGAUUCCACCAGAUGUCACCUAG